AACAAAAAAACAAAAAAAAAAAACUUAAAACCCUAAACCUAAAAAACACACACACAUAUAUAAGUAUAAUCGUAUGUUUCCUCAAUUCCCCAUUUUGCAUUCUCUGUGAAAAGAGCUGCCGCCAUCUCCAGCUCUCUCAACUCUCAAAGAAAAAAAAAGCUCUGAAACAUGGCUGCUCCUCCUUAUGCUGUGAAACCCGCGAAGCAGCUGGGUCCAGAUGGUGGCGAGGAACAAAUUCACAAAAUCAGGAUCACUCUCACUUCAAAGAAUGUUAAAAACAUUGAAAAGGUUUGUGCUGAUUUGGUUCGCGGCGCCAAGGAUAAGAUGUUGAGGGUUAAGGGCCCAGUGAGAAUCCCCACCAAGGUUCUGCACAUCACCACCAGGAAGUCCCCUUGUGGUGAAGGUACCAACACUUGGGAUAGAUUUGAACUUCGUAUCCACAAGCGUGUUAUCGACCUGUUUAGCUCCCCAGAUGUUGUUAAGCAGAUUACCUCCAUUACAAUUGAGCCUGGUGUGGAGGUGGAAGUAACUAUUGCCGACUCUUAAACAUGGCAUACUUCAACGUUAUUGCUUUUCUAAUCUCUUUAGUUUGGUAGAAAUAUUUGUCUUAUGUUGCACUGUUAUCCCAGAACAUAUGCCUCAACUUUGAUUGUUCGCAGUCUGUUUUUUAGCACAAUUUUGAAGUAAUUUUGAAGUGAAAGAGAAGAGGGGUUUUUCAUUA